AGCCCAUCUUCUUCAACAGUUGAGAAUUGCCGGGGAUCAGGUACCAGAGAAACCUUAAGGUUUCUACCAAAUUUAAAAGGAUACCCCAUUAUUUUUUCAAACAACCCCAUUAGGAUAUAUCAACAUGGUGGUGGUAGCAACAGGGACCGGAGGGCCCCAUAAAGUGCUCCUGAUUUCCGGCAAACAGACCGGCUCCUCUAGCGGCUCACAGGCAGGCUUCAACCGGGCCAUCUCUGUCGUGUUACCGUCAUCGGCUAGCACGGCGUCGUCGGAUUCCGACUCCAACUCUUCUGCUGGGCCGCCCAUUCGAAAAAGACAGAGGCUCACACACUUGAGUCCGGAGGAAAAGCAACUUCGCAGGAAACUCAAGAACAGAGUCGCAGCUCAGACAGCCAGAGACAGGAAGAAGGCAAAAAUGGGAGAGCUGGAACAGCAAGUACUAGAGUUGGAGCUGGAGAAUCAGAAACUUCACAUUGAAAACCGUCUACUUCGGGAGAAAUCAAGUGGCCUAGUGACAGAAAAUGAGGAACUAAGACAGAGACUUGGGUUGGACACCCUUGAUUCGAAAGAGAAGGUUCAGGUUUUGUUGUCCACUGGGAAUGAUACAGGUUUAGGGAUCGGGUCUUCUGAGUCCGCAGCACUCAGGCUACGUGUGUCCGCAGCAGGUGCAGGCCCAGCACUCCCUAAAUCUGAAGACUUCUCAAUGGAUACAGAUGGUUCUGACACUGCAGACAAUGAGUCUGAUUUGCUCCUGGGCAUUCUGGACAUCCUUGACCCAGAGCUUUUCCUCAAGUCUUGUGAACAGGAGUGCCAGGAGCCGCAAGUGCUGUUGGUCGGAGGGGGGGACCCAGUACCUGCCACCACACCUGCGACUCUGGGGGCCCCAUCAGUUAAGCUGGAGGCCCUUAAUGAACUGAUCCACUUUGACCACAUCUACACGAAGCCCGUGGAGGAGGUAAGCAGCGGGCAGUGCAACGACUCGGAGAGCGACACAGAGGAGACCAUCGGCGAGGCUGGCGUCCCCAUCCCCGACGUGGUGGUAGUCGAGGAGGAGACCGUGUGCAUCAAAGACGAGCCAGAGGAAGUGGUCAUCCCCAGCUGUGACAGCCACAGUCAGGUGGAUGACUUUUUCUCUGGAGCCUCCUCAACUGCCCUCAGCGGCCUGGAUAAUGAAGCUUGCCUUGCGGACACCUACAGCGACUCCGGAUACGAAGGGUCCCCUUCUCCUUUCAGCGAUAUUUCCUCUUCCCUGUGCUCAGAGAGCACCUGGGACGACAUGUUUGCCAAUGAACUCUUCCCCCAGCUCAUCAGUGUCUGAAUCAACCAUCCAGCCCAAUAAGUUAUAAUAUAAUGAGCUAAUGUGUAGUUUUACAUAACUACAGAUAAUAGUAAUAGAACACCACUGAGUUUGCUCAUAUAUUGGCCAAAGUUAAGCACAUACUCUUUAAUACAGCAGGUCUGUACCAUUGGCAAUGCUACCUUGACUUGUGGGAGAUGGGAGUUCAUGAUAGCUUAUUUUGGAAUCAUUUAAUUACUUCAGAGGAUUUUAAGAUCAAUUACAAAUCUGUCACUCACUGUUGAAAGAGGACGUGGGUGGAAUCCAGUAUUUCUGUAAAUUAAUAGGAGGGAUGGGGACCGAUCACUUAAAUAAUAAGUUCUUAUUUAUUUGUGUAUUCUGCUUCGGAGUCCUUGUAUAUCCACAUGUAAAAAUGCUUUCUUCUAAUUUGUUGACGCUCUCUAUGUAGUCUACUGCAUUAAAAAACUUUGCAUUGCA